GCGCCACACAGCGCUCCGCCAGCCCCAGCCCGGGACCUGCCAACGCCUCCGGGAGACCAGAGGACUCUCGGCGGGGGCUCUUUCCAACACCACUUUGCCUGAAGUGGGGUCGUGGCGGAGUUGCUCCUCCGCCGCUCAAUGCAAAGCGCUAUGCGGAGAGCGGUCGGCUUCCCUGCGCUGUGCCUGCUUCUUAGUCUUCACGCUGCAGGAUGCCUUUCAAGAAAUAAUGAUCACUUUUUGGCAAUUCGUCAGAAGAAGAGUGGGAAGCCAGCAUUCAUUUAUCACCACUCACAAGACAUUGAGAAGAGCCUGGAUAUAGCUCCACAAAAGACACACAAACAUAACUACCAUUCCUCUUCUGAAGCUCAAAUAGGCAAACACCACCAAAUUGUUAACUCAGCAUUUCCUAAACCCGCAUAUGACACAUCUCUCAACCUGUUGGCCAUGGCUGGUCAAGACCUUGAAGUGGAAAACCGCCCAGUCCCAGCAGCAAAUGUGAUUGUGGUGACACUGCAAAUGGAUGUAAACAGGCUGAACAUAACCUUGCUUCGGAUAUUUCGCCAAGGAGUAGCUGCAGCUUUAGGACUCUUACCCCAGCAAGUGCACAUCAAUCGCCUCAUUGAAAAGAAGAACAGUGUUGAACUAUUUGUGUCUCCCAUAAAUCGAAAAGCAGGAUUUUCUGAUGCUCUGCCAUCUGAAGAAGUGCUGCGUUCACUCAAUAUCAAUAUUUUGCAUCAGAGUUUAUCCCAGUUUGGAAUUACAGACAUCUCCCCUGAGAAAAACGUUUUACAAGGGCAGCAUGAAGCGGACAAAAUCUGGAGCAAAGAAGGAUUUUAUGCUGUUGUCAUUUUUCUCAGCAUCUUUGUUAUUAUAGUAACCUGUUUGAUGAUUCUUUACAGAUUAAAAGAAAAAUUUCAGCUUUCCCUGAGACAAGAUAAAGAGAAAAAUCAGGAGAUCCACCUAUCACCCAUUGUGUUACAGCCUGCGCACUCUGAGGACAAGACAGCCAACAGCAUGGUCCAGCCUGAACAGGCUCCAAAGGUACUGAGUGUGGUUGUGGACCCUCAAGGCCAAUACACUCCUGAGAUCAAAGCUGCCACCGCUGUCUGCCCUUCUCCUUUCAAAAUGAAGCCCAUAGGACUUCAGGAGAGGCGAGGGUCCAACGUAUCUCUCACAUUGGACAUGAGUAGCUUGGGCAACGUUGAACCCUUUGUGGCCAUACCAACCCCACGGGAGAAGGUAGCCAUGGAGUACCUGCAGUCAGCCAGCCGAAUUCUCACAAGGUCGCAGCUGAGGGACGUCGUGGCAAGUUCACAUUUACUCCAAAGUGAAUUCAUGGAAAUACCAAUGAACUUUGUGGAUCCCAAAGAAAUUGACAUUCCACGUCAUGGAACCAAAAAUCGCUAUAAGACCAUUUUGCCAAAUCCCCUCAGUAGAGUAUGUUUAAGACCAAAAAAUGUAACUGAUUCAUUGAGCACUUACAUCAAUGCUAAUUAUAUUAGGGGCUACAGUGGCAAAGAGAAAGCAUUCAUCGCCACACAGGGCCCCAUGAUCAACACCGUGAAUGAUUUCUGGCAGAUGGUUUGGCAGGAGGACAGUCCCGUGAUUGUUAUGAUCACAAAACUCAAGGAAAAAAAUGAGAAAUGUGUGCUUUAUUGGCCAGAAAAGAGAGGAAUAUAUGGAAAAGUUGAGGUUCUGGUUAUCAGUGUAAAUGAAUGCGAUAACUAUACUGUUCGAAACCUUGUCUUAAAGCAAGGAAGUCACACCCAGCGUGUGAAACAUUACUGGUACACCUCAUGGCCCGAUCACAAGACUCCAGACAGUGCCCAGCCCCUUCUGCAGCUCAUGCUGGACGUGGAAGAAGACAGGCUGGCCUCCGCGGGCCGAGGGCCUGUGGUGGUCCACUGCAGUGCAGGGAUUGGCAGGACGGGGUGUUUUAUUGCUACAUCCAUUGGCUGUCGGCAGUUGAGAGAAGAAGGCGUGGUGGACGCGCUGAGCAUCGUCUGCCAGCUGCGUGUGGACAGGGGUGGAAUGGUCCAAACCAGUGAGCAGUAUGAAUUUGUUCAUCACGCUCUGUGCCUGUAUGAGAGCAGACUUUCAGCAGAAACUGUCCAGUGAUUCUCUGAAGACUCACCAGACCUUUGAUCUCUAGGGGUGAUUAGCUGAUUACCCACUCAAGGCUUCUGGAAGGAGCUUCCCGCAGUGGAAGGGAAGAGAAGCCAUGAAGCCAAGUCGGGACAUGGACUGUGGAAGAUGGCAACAUAUUCAAGUCCUCCAGCCUCUUGUGUAUAUGAAUGCACUUGUAAGCAUCCCCUAAAUUAUUUUGAAGGUCCUCUGCUGAUGGAGGUAUGGUUGAUUUCUCACACCGCUAAGGAGGAAUUUGUUUUGUCUGUAUUGACUAUCUGCCACACAGAAUAUAUGUAUGAAAUAUACGUCAUCAGAUGAUACCUUGAAGAGCUGCUGAAGAAAUUAUUAUUGUAUGUUUAGAUGCUUUAAUGUUUGCAAAAUCUGUCUUGUGAAUGGACUGUCAGUUGUUAAACUGUUCCUGUUUUAAGUGCUAAUUCCUUCUCAGUUACCAGAAUCUUGCUGCUAAAGUUGCAAGUGAUUGAUGAUGGAUUUUUAACAAAUAAGUCUGUGUUUUUGGAAAAAAAAUCAAAAGCAGUAACUAUUUUAUAUGGAAAUGUGUCUUGAAAAUAUUACCUAUUAAGUGUGUAUUUAUCAGUACCUCCUAUCAAACAAUUACAGAGCACAAUGAUUGUCAUUGGGUAUAUAUGUAUUUACUCUCUACUAUUGAGCAUAGAGGUGGUUUCUGCUCCAGAAUUCUAUCCACUGUAUUUCUACAUUGUGAGUCAUUUUACUUUCAAAGGGAAAAACAAAUUUGUAGCAACUAUGAUGUAUUAAGAAUUUUAAAUACUUGUCUCUCUUUUACUAAGAAAGAAUUUUUGAAUAUAAUGUCUACCUGAAAUCUCUCUCCCAGUAAAAGGCAGAUGCCUUUGAAAUUGAUGUAACCUGUCCCAUUUCCAGUGGUUCUUUAAAAGGAUGCUGCCAUGGAUAUCCUUAAAUCACUGAAACGAUUUAAUCCUCAAGAGACAAAGUUAAAAAAAAAUCUACACUCAGCAAACACUAGAUGUUCUGCUCACAUAUGAAUUUUUAAUGCAACUAUGUUGACUUUGUUUCCUACUGCCAAUAAACUACUCUUAAUACUAAA